CUCGGAAUACUUCUCGUUUCCAAUAACAUUAAAUAUUUACCAUUUCUGAUUUUAGGUUAUGAAAUCUCGUUCAUCGAGUAUUUUAUAAUUCUUUUACAAAUUACGUCGUGUGCGUUGUGAAUCUUAUAUGUUAAAAUGCCUUUUAAAAGGUUUGUUGAAACUGGCCGAGUAGUCUACGUUGUCGAUGGUCCUUAUAAAGGCAAAAUAUGUUGUAUAGUUGAUUGCAUUGACCAAAAGACGGUUUUAGUUGAUGGUCCUGAAAGUGGUGUUCCUAGGUCUAAAAUGCGUAUUAGCCAAAUUCAUUUGACCAAGUUUAAGGUGAACUUCCCAUAUAAUGGAUCAACUAGAACUGUGCGGCAAGCUUGGCUCAAAGCUGAUUUAAAUAAACUCUGGAUUCAAAGUAGAUGGGCUGAAAAAGCUGCUAAUAGAGAAAAACGUGCCUCUUUGGGAGAUUUUGAAAGAUUCCAGUUGAAAAGAGCAAGAAGAGUAAGAAAUAAGAUAAGAACUAAUGUUUAUCAAGCUUUGUUCAAGAAAACUUACUGUCCAAAAAAAAAGGUUGCUGCUAAAAAAACAACUAAAGCAUAAUAAAUAUAACAUUCUUUUAUUUUA